AUGCCCGGCUUACUCGAGACCCCCUCUACAAACGGAGUCAACACUACCAUCCAUGUCCCGGUGCUGAUUGUUGGCGGUGGUCCUGCGGGACUACUUUCAGCCUAUAUGCUGUCUAAGCUAGGAGUGCAAUCACUUCUGAUCGAGAAGUAUCCCGAACGCCUAGCCGCCCCCAAAGCCCACGCCCUCUGCCCUCGAAGCCUGGAAAUAUGUCGUCAAUUCGGUCUCGACACGAUGGAAAUGCGCCGGCAAGGAUCGCCGCGCGAUGAUGCGUACUGGGUGAACUUUGUCACCAAUUUGAGCGGCGAGCGCAUCGGUGUGCUACCCUACGAGCGGAUGGACACCAAAGUCCUCGAAGCUACACCCGAGAUGAUCCAUAAUAUUCCCCAGCCAGGCUUUGAGCAGUUCGUAGCUAAGGAGCUGGAGAAUGAUCCUAACGUCCAGAUCCGCAAAGGCGUCGCCUUUGUGACUUGUGAACAGCAAAAAGACAAAGUGACCACAACCGUUGAAGAGCGCGCGACAAAGACCCGAUGGGAAAUCACAUCUCGGCACGUCAUUGCCUGUGACGGCGCAAAGAGUCAGGUUCGCAAGGACUUGGGUAUUGAAAGCGAAGGAGAGGAUGGUUACGAGACCAUGAUGACCAUCCACUUCAACGCUGACUUGCGCCCCGUCGUCAAGGACCGAGUCGGCAUGCUCCACUGGAUCACUGACCCAGCUUGCUCUGGUUUCAUUAUUGCAUACGACUUGGGAGGAAAUCAUGUGCUAAUUAGCAACUUUGACUCGAACAAGCAUCCUGCAGAGACUUGGGACCAAAACCUCUGUCGAACUACUCUAAAGGCAGCCAUUGGCCAAGACAUCCCAUUCAAUGUUUUGAGUUACAGGCCGUGGCUCCUCAGCCGCAAAGUUGCAAAGCAGUACCGCGAUCGCAACGUCUUCCUAGUCGGCGACGCUGCGCACUCCUUCCCGCCUACUGGUGGCCUCGGUCUUAACUCUGGUAUUGCAGACGCACACAACCUCGCUUACAAGAUUGCUGCGGUACACCAGGGCUGGGCGGGUGAUUCUAUUCUUGAUUCCUAUGACGCGGAUCGACGGCAGAUUGCGCUCGUCAACUCUGCACAGAGCGUCAAGAACGGCAAGAAGAUCUUCUCGUUCCUCAAGGCGCUUGGCACGGCAGGGAUUGAUGACGUCGAGAAAGCUCGGGAGAACUUGCACAAGUCGAUCCAUGAUCCUGCCAAGCAGGACAUGAUUGCCCGAGAGGUGGAAGGCCAGAGAGAGCACUUUGACAAUCUCGAGAUUCACAUCGGAUACGUCUAUGGCAACAAGGAGACGCCCCCCAACGCCUCAAACUUCACCCCCAAGUUUGUGCCUGGCGCUCGUAUCCCUCACGCCUGGAUCAAGCCCAUCGACGCCUCCAUCACCGACGAGACACCUGCCCUGGACGUCUCAUACGUCAAGGAGUUUACCGCAGGCGAGAUCGCGGCCCGCCAGUACUCCACGCUGGAUCUCUGCGGCAUGGAUGCUUUGACGCUGAUUGCCUCGACUGCGGAGCCUUGGACACAAAAGGUCGACGAGUUGCAGGCGUCCCUGGCAACUCGCAAUAUCAAAGUCCAGCUUUGGGUGGCAGGCGUCGACUUCGAGUUUACUGGAGCCGAGCAGAAGGCCCUGUUUGAGAAGGAUGGUGGCUUUGCGACUGGAGGAGCACUGCUUGUGCGGCCAGACCAGCAUCUUCUCCAGUGCCCUAACACCGAGACAACGACUGAAGAGCUGCAGUCACUCGUUUUGGAGCACUUGGGUCUGUAA